UCCAGCAGUUUUAAUGCGUACUUAUUUGGUUGCCAUCAGGAAACAACAAUCUUGUGACUUACCGAACGGAUAUCGAAUCUGACAAAGUUAAAUACAACAAGCGGACCGCUCUAAUUUGCCAUAGAUCCUAUUAUUUGUCAAAUUAACCAAUUAAAACAGCCGUUCCGCUGCUGCCCACCAUAUAAAACCAUAUUUCUCGGCGAAUUCUUUGAAAACGUCCAUUCUGUGGCCGACUUUUCAUGUGAACACCCAGCCAGAGCCAAAAUGAAGCAGCUUUUCAUGGUGGUGCUAACUGCUCUUUGUGCGGUGCAUUGUAAGGGAUUAGAAUGUGGAUUGUCGAAAAUAUCCAGCGAGCACUUUAGGAAAAUCGCCUCCGAGUGCGUGAAGGACAAUGAAACGCUCAACCGAAUAUGGGAGCUCACCUCCGAGGCGUCGAUGGACGACGAGUCUGCAUCAUCUGAUGAAGAAGUUCCGAUCACCCAAGGCAAGGAAGCUCCCAACUUAGAUCUCGGCUCGUCGGCACAAAAGAGCAUGAAGAUGAGCAGGGCGAGCAGAACGAAAAGAUCGCGCAAAAGCUUCAACAACGAGUCCCCGAUGUCCCAAAGGAAACCCUCUCCAACGUCGACCACCACCGAACAAACCACCACAAUUCAAAGCGAAGAAAACGAAGACAACGCGGACGCUAAUAAUGUUGAAGAAUCAGGGGAAGUCUGCAUUUUGCAGUGCAUAUUUGAGAAGCUGGAAAUGACGGACACCAACGGCCUUCCGGACCACAAAAAGUUUGCUGCCGCAUUGGUAGAAUCGGCCACCGGCCGAGAAACUCGAGAUUUCCUACAGGACUCCGUUGAUGAAUGCUUCCAGGAAACCGAAGAAGGGGACUUUGAGAACUCGUGCGAAUACUCCACAAAACUGGUCACCUGCCUUGCAGGAAGAGGAAAGUCCAACUGCGCGGAUUGGCCCGUUGGAGACUUACCAUUUUAGGUCGCUUACCCGUUUUUGAUGUGAAUCUCUUAUUAGUAGCAGUUACUGUUUGUUCUAGUUAGUUGUUACAUGCAUUACCAAAAA